AUGUUUUUUUGCGGAUUUAAUUCUGCUGUAGAAAAUUCAAUAUUACAGCUAAUACAACCAUCGAAGAGACUUCCAUUUCGUUCCAGUAAUAAUAAACAAACAUCAUCGCCACGAGAAGCUAGUUCGUCUCUAACACUGCAAAAGCCACAACACCAGCGACAGCAAUCACAAUCUUCGUAUAUAAUGAAAAAACCGACUGAAUUAUCCUCGUUAUUAGGCGACUCUUUGAAACUUCGACGACGAGCACAGGAUCCUGCUGGCCUAGAUAAUAACAUAACUAAUAUUUUGUUGUUGAUGCGUAACGUACUUUUGAAACUAAAUUCACGUAUAGAACAAACCGAUGCUGCCGAUGAUCGUUUAACAUCGUUGAGAGAAGAUGUGACACGUGAUAUUCGUUCACCACUAGUGGUCGUUUCGUCAGUCCCUCCUGCUACUUUAGUGGAUCAAGACCAUGUUAUUCAAGAGAAAGUGGAAUACCUCUUUAAUAAUCGUAUGAAAACUGUGUGGGAAAAACUUGAUUUGAAUGUAGAUAGUUUACGCAAUUCGAUCGAACGUUUAAAGCUUUUAGAAGAGUCAUUACAUGACAAAACGAAUCUUAUAAUUGAUAAACUGGAAAAUAUGAAGAAAGAACGUCAACAAUCCCAAGAAGAACUGAGAACGAUGGUCGACUCAAUGGAAAAGGUUGUUGAACAAGGUGCUGAAGAAGCAGCUCUAGAGGAAACAGUACCAGAAAUACUCACAUCUAAACAACAAAUAGCUAAAGUUCUCAAACAACCCGUUGUCAUCAUCCCGAGACAAACAGUUGUACCAUCUAUGCCAUCCCAACAAUCACUCUUUAGCACUACACAGCGACCGACAUUUGAUCAGCUGAUUCAGCAAGCAAUGCAACGAGAUGUGCCACUUGAUGAAAAUUUUGUGUUAGGAACAUAA